AAGAUUAAUCUGGAAAUGAUGAACGGACAUAUCCCAUUGUAUCAAAAGGCACGUGAAGGCUCUUCUCAUAAACGUAACGCUCAGAAGGAACUUCUCGAAGUAAUAUCACAUCGGUUGCAUGUAGACAAUAGUAUAGAAUUCAUCGGGAAGUUGUUGUUCGGUUCUAAGCAAGGGUCAGAAGUGCUGAAAACUGUUCGCCCUGCAGGCCAGCCUUUAGUGGAUGAUUGGUCCUGCCUCAAAUCGAUGGUGAGGACUUUUGAAGCACACUGUGGAUCUCUAUCUCAGUAUGGGAUGAAACAUAUGCGGUCUCUAGCAAACAUCUGCAAUGCCGGUAUCAGCAAGGAGAUGAUGGCUGAGGUGUCUGCUGAAGCUUGCAUUAGCAUUCCUGCCGGUCAGUGGAGUUCUCUCCAGAAGGGAUUCAGUGCCUGAGGUGACAAUGAAAGACGGCUAGUAGUAUGUUACUGAUUGUGCAUAGUAUAUAAUGAAGUUGCUUGGAUAUCUUCUCCUGCAAUGUGAAUAUAUUGCUGAAGGGCUGGAGAAAUUUGCAUCCGUUUGUGUCACUUAGUCCAUGGAUUAUUGUAGAAAAUUCGUGCCUGAUACUUGAGGCUAUGGCUGAGCUCAUGAGUGGCUCUUUGUUAGAAGUCUGUGUUAUCGUUGGGCAUCCAUAAUGAGCUAUUAUGCAAUUAAACUGCUGU